GCCAAAAAUAUGUGUGAUGGAGGAAAUAAGGGCCAUAACGAACGGGAAUCCAUCAAAAUGGGGGGAGAAUCUGGUCAGUGUGUUGAGGGAAAUGGGUAUUGAGGACUUGAUAGAGAUGAUAAGGGAAAGARGAGAUGGUGGGAGGAUAGGAGAGAAGAUAAAAAUGGGACUGGAAGAACUAAAAGGGAGAAGCCUAAGGGAAGAAGAGGAAAGAAUUAGGGAGUCUGAAUACAAUAAUAUGUACAAGCAUUUAAUAGAAGGUGAUGAAAUGCCAUGGAAGUAUUGGUCAGAAGAAGGAAUAGGGGGAGGGGUAAAGGAAGUUUGGGCAAGGGUAAGAUGUGGCAACUUAGGAAAGGCAGGAAAGAAAGGAGAAAAGGACUGGAAAUGUAGGUUAUGCAGAGAGUAUGUAGAGACGUUGGAGCAUUUGAUAAUCUGUGAUAGAGGAAGGGAAUUGAUUUCCGAGAAGGGAAGGAAGGAAGUAGAGGAGUGGAUGGUUGGAGUAGAGGAAGGUGCUAUAAGAGGGGAAGUAAUAAACAUGUUAGGAGGUAAGAUUCAGGUUGGGAUGUGUGAAUUUUUCAGGGAAGUAGAGGAGCUGUGUAAAAGGAGGAGGGUAGAGGAGGAUGGGAGGGAAGGCGAAGACGAACUCGAGUGAGAUUUGGGUAGUUAUAAUUUUUGGAUAGUAUAAUUUUAAGAGUGGUGAUAAUUAGAGGUAGACGAGAGGUGUGUUAAGAGCAAGCCAAAAAUGUGAGAUAAUUAUAUGUGAUAUAAUAAUAAGACAUUGUAAAAAACUUUG